AUGUAUUAUAGUAACAGCUAAACUUCCUUAAUAAAAUCUCCAUAUGGUUAAAUUAUCACUAAAACUCCUUUAACAAGAUAGAAUAGACCUUAAGAAAAAGUAAAUGAUUAAUCAAUUGUGUCUCAAUAUUAAUCUCCUACAUUACGAUAAGCAAUGUCACCAAAGGCAGCCAGAGAAUACUUAAAUAGUUUAAAAAGCUUUAUAAAUCACUAUGAAUCAAAGCCAAUUAAUGAUAGUAGGAUUGCCACUCAAUCCAGUCAUUAAUCAAUUGUAUAAUAACCAUAUUUAUACUUUCCUAUUGCUAAUAGAUUGAAUGAUGAGAUCAAAUUGAUGACUCCUUAAAGAAUUGAAGUCAAGAAAUUAAAUUAAGAUGGAACUGUACAUUCUCUAAAAUAUUAUUAUAUGAAAUAACCAGUAUUGAGUAGUUCAAAUGAUGUUCCUAUAGCAAAAUAAACUACUAUAAUAGGAUUGAAUCAUAGUGGCAAAUAAAAAUUGUUUUUAGAACUCAUUAAAAAAGUUAUGCCUAAAAAUUUUAAAUUAUUCAUCUAAACAGAUCAAGUUGAUAAAUAAUUAAAUGUUUAAGUCAAUGAUGAUUUAAAAUCAACUAUUAAAAGUAUCAAAACUCAAUCUAAGAAUUAUUAAUUAAUUGCCUAGAGUGACUAACAUGUUCUUGUAUGUCGAGGAAUGUAGGGAUUCAUUAGAGAUAAAAAAGAUAAAGGAAUUCUUAUUUUGUGCAUUAAACCUGGAAAGGAAGCAAAAAUGGAUUGUGUCUAAACUCUUAAAUUGAUAGAAAAUAUAUAAAAAAAUUGA